GACGCAUUAACGCCAUGUAGUCUGGGUGCUGUCAAUCAAGUAAGAAGUUGUGUGUGCGGUGAGUUUAUGACGAAUCGGUCGCCGCUUAAACGGCCAAUCAAACGACGGGGUUAGACAAUUUUCAGCUGGCUUUUCUAUUCGAAACAUUCCAUUGAGAACGCCCAUCAUGUUAUUAGGACGAUAAAACAGAGAAAAAGUAAAAUUAUCCAUCAAGUGAUUGGUUCAAACCAAGCAAAUCUCAAUAAAGUUUGUAUACAACAUAUAUUUGAAUUUUGCUCGUUGACAAUAUAAUUAAAUUAUAAUCUGAGACAAUUUAAUUGUAAUGGUGGAAAAUAGCACAUCACCAACGAUGGAACCUCCGAACAAUCUCAAUAGAAGACCCUCGGAGGCCGUGUCGAUUUUGAUGAAAGGUGUUCGCACUAAAAGAUACACGAUGGCCGUGUUGGGUUUCAUAGGAAUAGCCAAUGCGUAUGCAAUGCGAUCGGUGCUCAGCCUGGCCAUAACGGAAAUGGUAGUCGACAUACACAAAACAACAUUAGAUCCAAACGGAUGUCCUGGGCCUGCCGUCUUAAAGAACAUGACAAACCCAAAUGCUGAAUUCGAUUGGUCCGAGAAACUACAGGGACAUAUACUUGGGUCGUUUUACUAUGGAUACGUCCUGGCUCAGAUACCUGCUGGAAUUUUAGCUCAAAAGUAUGGCGGCAAGCACGUUUUUGGAGUGGGCAUGUUUUUGACUUCCGUGCUUACCCUACUGACUCCGAUGGCUGCUAGGGCGGGACCCGUUUACUUGAUUAUCGUCAGAGUACUAGAAGGACUAGGGGAGGGCCCAACGAUACCAGCAAUGAACACGUUGUUGGCACAGUGGGUACCAAUUAACGAACGAUCGACCAUAGGGUCUUUCGUAUUCGCAGGAAAUAUGAUCGGCACAAUCGUAGCACAAAGUACGGCCGGAUACAUGCUGAAGGUAACUGACGACAACUGGCCAUUAGUGUUCUACACGUUCGGUUCGAUUGCGCUCAUCUGGUAUGUGUUUUGGAACUUUUUCGUGUACAGCAGACCGAGCGAACAUCCGUCGAUCACCGAUUACGAACUGACGUACUUGGAGCGACAUUUGAAAGGAGUCAGUAGGAACAAAGAAAAGGUACAGCCGACUCCCUGGGGAGCCAUGCUGUUGUCCGGUCCUAUGUGGGGUUUGAUGAUCGGUCAGAUAGCUCACGACUGGGCACUCUUCAUGAUACACACCGACCUACCAAAGUAUAUGAAGUCUGUCAUGAAGUUUUCCAUCGCCGAGACCGGCGUGUGGAGUUCAAUGCCACAUCUUAUUAUGUGGUUAACCGCAAUACUGUCUGGCUGGUUGAGUGACUAUUUGAUAACCAACAAUAAAAUUGGAAUAUUGAAGCAAAGAAGACUUUUUUCAACCAUCGCGUGUGUGGGGCCUAUGUUGGGUACGUUAGCCGCAUCGUACGCGGGUUGCGACAAGCUUAGAGUUGUCAUGCUGUUCACAGUCGGUAUGGCCACCAUGGGCUUUUUCUAUUCAAGCAUGAAAGUCAACGUAUUGGAUUUGAGUCCUAAUUACGCGGGUCCAGCCAUGGCGUUGGUGAACGGAGUUGGAGCUGUAGCCGGCAUCAUUUCUCCACCUCUCAUCGGAUACCUCAUACCGAAUAAUACAUUGCUGGAGUGGCGGAACGUUUUUUGGAUCAGUGGUGGUGUUGUGCUGGUAGCAAAUUCUGUGUACGUCAUAUUUGCUUCAGCACAGAUCCAGUGGUGGAAUGAUCCACUUCCAAUGAGUGACACUGAUGAUGAUUUAUAAAAUGAGCACACUUAUGAAAUCUUACAUUUGACAAUCUGCAGAAUCGUUUCAAAAGCGAAAACGAUCGACGCGCUUUUGUCAAUCAAAUCAGAAGUUGUGUACCAUUAGUAUUAUUUAUUGUUUUAUUACAGUAUUGGAUUUUUGUUACAAUCAUCCAUUUUAUAAACAAUAUCCUGAGUGAUAAGAUAUAUUGGUGUAAACACUAUAUUGGUGUAAAAACCCACAUAGUAUAACUUUUAUAUAACAACUGAAUCACAAAAAGUUCUAAUACCAAUAAGUCUAAAAACUGUCAAUAUGUUACUUUUAGAAAUUUUGGAAAAUGACCAUUGAAGUUUUUAUAAGGCUCUUUUUUACGAAAAUCUUCAUCGCUUUUUUAUUAUUGUCCAUGAAAUGUCUUUUUUUUUUUUAAUGUAUAAUUAGUAUUUUAGUUUGCAAGUAAUCAUCUAAUUAAUUUUUUUUGAAAAUUGAGAUUGACCCCGCUUUUCCGAUGUAUUUUCAUAUACCCGUCAAUGUUUAAUAACUUAAUUCGUUUUUUAUUACGAUUUGUUAUUAUUAUUUGUAUCUAAUUAACUCAUAAAAACAAAAAUAUAUGUACAUAUUGAAUUAAGUAUUAAAACGACGAAGUCAGUUCUUAAG